CCUAGUCGUUAACUUCCUUUCAGCCACGACGACGCCUUCUGAGUAGCGGGUUCGAUCUCUAGGGCACAGAAACUAGUUGGUACCGGUGGUGGCGCUGGUGCAGAAGGUGUCUCAAAUUUAGCUUGAGUCUGUGCCAUUCUAGGGUUUUGAUUGGAGACUUGAGAUCAAUCAAGUAUUGUUCUUUCACAUCAUCCAAACGUCUCAAAUUUGGUUUUCUGGUUUAGCAAAUUCUGUUUUGUUUCUUGAUUUCUAACGUUUGGAAGAGGAAUGGGGACGGAGAGGAAGAGAAAGGUGAGCUUAUUCGAUGUGGUGGAUGAGACUUCAAUCUCUGCCAAAAUCGUUAAGAGUAAUGGGGGCCUAGCGCACAACUCGGGCAUUAACAGAUGGAAUGGCCGGCCUUACACGCCAAGAUACUAUGAAAUCCUGGAAAAGAGAAAGACGCUCCCGGUUUGGCAGCAGAAAGACGAGUUUCUGCGAGUUUUGAGGGAUAACCAGGUCAUAAUCUUGGUUGGAGAAACCGGUAGUGGGAAGACCACUCAGAUUCCUCAGUUUGUUUUAGAGUCUGUUGACAUAGAGACUCCAGAUAAGCGCAGAAAGAUGAUGAUAGCUUGCACCCAGCCCCGUAGAGUGGCAGCAAUGUCUGUUUCCCGUAGAGUUGCAGAAGAGAUGGAUGUGACUAUUGGAGAAGAAGUUGGUUACAGCAUUCGAUUUGAAGAUUGUAGUAGUUCAAAAACUGUUCUCAAGUAUCUGACAGAUGGUAUGCUUUUAAGAGAAGCCAUGACUGAUCCACUCCUAGAACGCUAUAAAGUAAUAAUUCUUGAUGAAGCUCAUGAAAGAACUUUGGCAACAGAUGUUCUAUUUGGGCUUCUGAAGGAAGUACUGAAAAACAGACCUGAUUUGAAACUGGUGGUGAUGAGUGCAACUCUUGAGGCCGAAAAAUUUCAGGGUUAUUUUUAUGGGGCACCACUUAUGAAAGUACCUGGAAGGCUUCAUCCAGUGGAGAUUUUUUACACACAGGAGCCAGAGAGGGAUUACCUUGAAGCUGCUAUUCGGACAGUAGUGCAAAUACACAUGUGUGAGCCCUCUGGUGACAUACUUGUCUUCCUUACUGGAGAAGAGGAGAUUGAAGAUGCAUGUCGGAAAAUUACAAAGGAAAUUGCAAAUUUGGGUGAUCAAGUAGGGCCUGUCAAAGCUGUGCCACUGUAUUCUACACUUCCCCCAGCUAUGCAGCAGAAGAUAUUUGAGCCUGCCCCACCUCCACUGAAGGAGGGUGGUCCUUGUGGGAGGAAGAUUGUGGUGUCAACCAACAUUGCAGAAACUUCCCUUACCAUAGAUGGUAUAGUUUAUGUUAUUGACCCUGGAUUUGCAAAGCAAAAGGUUUAUAAUCCUCGAGUGCGUGUUGAAUCUUUGCUGGUCUCACCAAUAUCAAAGGCAAGUGCCCACCAGAGAUCAGGACGUGCUGGAAGAACACAACCAGGAAAAUGCUUUAGACUCUACACUGAGAAGAGUUUUAAUACUGAUCUUCAGCCACAGACAUAUCCAGAAAUACUGCGGUCGAAUCUUGCAAAUACCGUUCUCACAUUGAAGAAACUAGGAAUUGAUGAUCUUGUUCAUUUUGAUUUUAUGGAUCCUCCUGCACCAGAGACAUUGAUGAGAGCAUUGGAGGUACUGAACUACUUGGGUGCACUGGAUGAUGAUGGGAACUUGACAAAGUUGGGAGAAAUCAUGAGUGAAUUUCCUUUGGAUCCUCAAAUGUCAAAGAUGCUUGUUGUUAGUCCUGAAUUUAAUUGCUCAAACGAGAUCUUAUCUAUUUCUGCGAUGCUAUCAGUACCCAAUUGCUUUGUCCGGCCUAGGGAGGCGCAGAAAGCUGCAGAUGAAGCUAAAGCUCGGUUUGGCCACAUCGAUGGGGAUCACCUUACGCUUUUGAAUGUGUAUCAUGCAUAUAAGCAAAACAAUGAAGAUCCUUCAUGGUGUUAUGAGAACUUUGUCAAUCAUAGAGCACUCAAGGCUGCUGAUAAUGUGAGGCAACAGCUUGUACGUAUCAUGGCCCGAUUCAAUCUGAAGCUAUGCAGCACAGAUUUCAACAGCCGUGACUAUUACGUCAAUAUAAGAAAAGCCAUGCUGGCUGGGUAUUUCAUGCAGGUAGCUCACCUUGAGCGUACUGGCCACUAUUUGACGGUGAAAGAUAACCAGGUGGUUCAUCUUCAUCCUUCAAACUGCUUGGAUCACAAGCCAGAGUGGGUCAUUUACAAUGAGUAUGUCUUGACCAGCAGAAAUUUCAUUCGUACAGUUACAGAUGUUCGUGGUGAAUGGCUAGUUGAUAUAGCACCCCACUACUACGAUCUUGCUAAUUUCCCCCAGUGUGAAGCUAAGCGUGUUCUUGAAAGGCUCUACAAGAAGCGAGAUAAGGAUAGGGAGGAAAGCAAAAAUAGGAAAUAAUGCCAACUGACCUAGUCACUCAUUGGGAUUGUCCCUCUGGAGAGGGGUGGACAAGACACUUGAUCUUUGUGGUUUCACCAUCGCCUCCUUCCAGUUAGGUUAGGUGGCUUCGGUUGUCCUGCACCCCAGCCCAAUUGAUGGUGUUAUCUACACUUAAAAAGAUUUUCUAGAUAUCAUGUUGGGUAGAAUUUAAUAUUUAUUUUCUUAUUUGUUUUCCUUUUUUACCGUUUUUAUUCCAUUUUGCCCUCUCAGGACCUUACAGGCAUUUAGAUGUUUUUACUUUUUCAUCAUUUGAACCGACUGCGGGUAUAUCUAAAAUCUGUAAAAUGUUUGUAUUAUUUCAUGUUAUCUUUAGUCCUCAAUUCAUAGUUUAGU